AACUACUACAACAUCCACGAAUCUAAAGUGUCUCAUGGAGGACAGUACUGGUGCAGAGCUGGGAGAGGAGACCCAGUCUACUACACACAGUACAGCAAUGUAGUUUGGGUCAAUGUCACUGAUGGUGAUGUGAUCCUGGAGAGUCCUGUCCAUCCUGUGACUGAGGGAGAUCCUCUGACUCUGCGCUGUAGAUAUCGCAAUCAGCCAUUUGACAUCAGUGCUGACUUCUAUAAAGAUGGGACACUCCUCCACACCUCCAGUACAGGAGAGAUGACCGUCCCUGCAGUCUCAAAGUCACAUGAGGGCCUCUACAAGUGCAAGAGCUCAGAGAAAGGAGAGUCACCAGAGAGCUGGAUCACAGUAAAGGAUACUGAUUUCACCAAUGUGGUUGGACCUUCUGGAUCCUUUCCUCUGGUACUUGUGAUUGUGAUCAUUGGACUCAUUAUCCUUGGUAUCACAACACCGCUCCUGCUGCAUCACCACCAAAAGAUCAAACGCCUCACAGGUCAAACAGCACAAAGUGGCCAAAAGCAGGGAGGCACCAAUCACACAUCAGAUCAGGACCAGAAUGACCCAGCAGGAGGAGAUGGGACCCAGUCACAAUACAUGCCACUGCAAAGAGGGACUAGUGAUGUCUAUAACAGCCUAAACACAGACUACAUAAAUCUGCAGCAAAGUAAGCUUACAAUUCUGUGA